UUUCCCUCCAUGACAUGCCGUUUCUCUGCUGUGUGCGGUUUUGUUGGCGUAACGCCUGGUGAUGAGAAGAUCAUGAUUGUUAUGUCUGGUUGAGUCUUGUCUUGCUGCUAUUUUUUGUUUCUGCAUGGUUUCUGGUCGUGAUACUGCACAAGCAUGCAAUUGUUGAGAUAGUCUCCACGCAUCCCAUCAUGUCACGUCCAUUCCCCUACGCGUACAUCUCCUGUCCCUGCGCCAACACCCCCGUCCCGGAUCCCUCCAAGAAACGCCGGUCGCGCGAAUCCCCGCAGAAGGCCAGCCAUCACCCCGACCAUCCCAAACCGCCGCCGCGCUUCGACGACAGCGAAGACGAACAAACCUUCGACCCCCGAGCCCCCCGUUCGAACUUCUCCCUCUAUCCCCCCGAGCACCUCCUCUACUGCGAGGACUGUCACCAGAUCAAAUGCCCGCGAUGCAUCACAGAGGAGAUCGUGUGCUGGUACUGUCCGAACUGCCUGUUCGAGACCCCGAGCAGCAUGGUGAAGAGUGAGGGGAAUCGAUGUGCACGCAACUGCUUCAACUGCCCUGCCUGCACCGCGCCGCUGGCGGUCAACACCCUCGAGAACGUCGUCCGCGGCGGCACGAGCCAACAAGGCCCCUGGGUCUUAUCCUGCGGCUACUGCAUGUGGUCGACGCUGGACAUCGGCAUCAAAUUCGACAAGCCCACCAACAUCCGCACGCAGCUGGCCAAGCUAACCGCGACCGACUCGAACCCGGCCCGCUCGCGGCAGAUGUCGCGCACCUUUGGGGAGCUCAAGUCGCCCCUGUCGACCUUUGCAUCUAUCGACGAGCCAUUUCCUCCAGCUUCGGGGGAGGCGCGAGCGGACGACUCGUCCGACCAGUCAACCACCCCGCUCAGCCCGGACGCCCGGUUCCACGCCCUCAAGAACUUCUACAAGAACCAAAUCUCUGCGACCUCCUCGUCGCCCAACGACCCGCUCGGCGUGGAUUUCGGGGCCGGGUUCUCGUCGCCGGGAGCCCUAAACCGGAUCAUGUCGCUCUACACCUCCUCAUCGCGGCUCAGCAGUCUGUACGGGGGCGCCAGCAAGAAGCCCAAAACGAAACCGCCGGUCAUGCGCGAGGCGCUCACCGCGAGCGAGGGAUUCCAGACGCCGGCCCCUGACGCAGAGAUGAGCUUUCUGCAGCGCAUGGCGAGGGAGGAGUGCGGCUGGGACGGGCUGGCCUCGCUCGAGCAGCGCGGCUUCCAACCGCCAACCGCGCGGUUCGUGGACGAGCUGCUGCCGCUGGCGACGCUGCUGCGCACCAAGCGCGCCAAACGGUGCAAGUCGUGCAAGCACAUCCUCGUCAAACCCGAGCAGAAGCCGCAGUCGACCCGGUUCCGCAUCCGUCUGAUCGCCCUCAGCUACAUCCCGUUACCGACCCUCCGCCCGUUGACCAUGCCCGUGCCACCACCGGCGGGAACGGCGGCCGCGGGUGUGACGAUGGCCGCUACCACCACCAGCAUCAGCAUGCCCGUGAACCUCGACGCCCUGCCGCCCCUGCGCCCCACCCAGCUGCUCCUCACCCUCAAGAAUCACAUGUUCGAUCCCGUCCGCAUCACCCUGGCCACUCCGGCCGUGACCCCGGGCCGCGUGGCCUCCAGGGUCACCAUUCUCUGUCCGCAGUUCGACAUCGGUGCCAACAGCGACGUGUGGGACGAGGCGCUGCAGGCCAACUCUGCCACGGCGGCUGCAACCGCGGACCAGCGCUCCUCCCGCUCCGGUGCCGGUGCCGUCGCCGCCUCCACCACGACCAAUAAUCCCCCCUUUGGGGUCUACGAGAAGGUCGCCGAGGCCGGCAAAGUGUGGGACAAGGGCCGCAACUGGACAACCGUCGUCCUCGAGGUCGUACCGGGGACGUUGCCGCCGUCUAGUGCAACCCUCCCACCUCCGAAGACGACGACUACUACUACUACUAAAAUCACCGAAACUGCCGACAACGAUGGGGACAGCGACAGCAACAGCGACACCAGCAGUUUCGGCACCGGGGCGGUCCCGGAUUGGACCGGCCAGGCCGCGGAACGGGACAAGCAACAGCAGCAGCAGCAGCAGCAACAGCAGCCGCUCCAACCAGACGAGGACGUCCUUGAGAUCCCCGUCUUCGUGCGCAUGGAAUGGGACUCAGAGAAUCAGAUUGAUCGGCCGGGCGUGAGUGCCGCGGGCGAGAUGGUGAAGCGGGAAUUGGCGUAUUGGAUGGUGCUGGGGGUGGGCAGGAUUGAUCCGAGUGUUUUGGGGUGAUUCGGCUGUCGGUAUCAGUUGUUAUCUGAGUUGUCGAGGUCGACGAGGAAGCAUUACUUGUGAGAAUGUACAUGCAUUUUAAUGGGAUCCUAUCCAAAACC